CCACAAUUUCAUCCACGUUCUUCAAUUCAUCCCCUCCACCGAGACCUGUGCCGCCGAGUCAGCAACUUUCAUCCAGUGUCUCAACCUGUGAACCGUGAGAUCCUCAUUAUCACGGGAUCACCAAAAGCUUCCUCCACGUACAAUAAUUUGAACCGGCACGCUCAUCCUCCUCCACCUCCUCCACCGUCGCCAUGCCGACCCUUUUAGCAUCGAAAGAUGCCGCCCUAUUCCGCACUGUGGUCAAGUGCUAUGAACAGAAGCAAUACAAAAAGGGCCUGAAGGCGUGCGAUCAAAUCCUACGAAAGAACCCGAAGCACGGCGAGACCCUAGCAAUGAAGGGAUUGAUAACCAACUCGUUGGGUAAAACGGAGGAAGCCUUUGCGAUCGCCAAGGAAGCGCUGAAGUACGACAUGAAGUCUCACGUCUGCUGGCAUGUUUACGGUCUUCUCUACAAGUCAGAGAAGAACUAUGAGGAGUCGAUCAAAGCUUACAAGAUGGCGUUGCGGUUCGAGCCAGACUCGCAGCAGAUCCUGCGGGAUCUUGCCCUGCUGCAGAUCCAGAUGAGGAACUACGAUGGUUUGGUGGAGACGCGCAAGACGAUUCUGCAGACUCGUCCGCAGCUGAGACAGAACUGGACGGCCGUCGCGAUCGCUUACCACCUGGGCGGCCAGUACGACGAAGCGGAGAAGGUCCUGGUUAAAUACGAGUCGACAGUCGAGGGGAAGGUGCCGAAGUGGGACACCGAGCACUGGGAGGCAUGCUUGUACAGGAACAGGAUCAUUGCGGAGUCUGGAGACACUGAAAGGGCGCUGGAGCAUCUGGAGACUAUCGCCAAGAACUGUCUGGACAAGGUUGCGUUGCUGGAGAGCAGGGCGGAGUACCUGCUGAAGCUGGGCCGGAAUGAGGAUGCUCAGAAAGCCUACAGGGCACUGCUCGACAGGAACCCCGAGCAACGAGCAUACUACACAGGGCUGGAGAAGGCUAUGGGAAUUGAGGCCGAUAACCGGAAGGAAGCCAAGGCGCUUUACGACGAAUAUGCCAGCAAAUUCGAGAGAAGCGACGCACCGAGACGAAUUCCCCUGGAUUUCCUCGACGGUGACGAGUUCCGGCAAGCGGCAGACACCUACCUGCAGGCUAAGUUGAAGAAGGGAGUCCCGUCGACAUUCGCCAACAUCAGGGCCCUCUACGCCGAUACUGCCAAGCGGGAAACAAUAUUCGAUCUCGUCAACUCGUAUUAUGAAUCGCAGAAAACGGAGGUAGCAUCUGGUGAAUCUAACGGUUCAUCGAAACCUUCGCUCUUCAGACUGUGGACGCUGUAUUUCCUUACUCAGCACUACGAUCACUACCGCACACGGAACAUGGACAAGGCACUCGAGUACCUCAACGAAGCACUUGAACUUGCGCCGGAAACCGUGGAGCUGCAUAUGACCGUCGCUAGGGUAUACAAGCACGCCGGGGACCUUCAAAAAGCCGCACAAAAGAUGGACGAGGCGCGUAACCUGGAUAAGAGCGACCGAUACAUCAAUACCAAGACUGCGAAGUACCAGCUCCGCAACGACCAAAACGACGAGGCACUGAAGACGAUGAGCCUGUUCACUAGGAGCGAAGCCGUUGGCGGGCCGCUUGGCGACCUCUUGGAAAUGCAGUGCGUCUGGUACAUCGCCGAAGACGCGGAAUCCUACCUCCGACAGAACCAGCUCGGUCUCGCAUUGAAGCGAUACCAGUCCCUCUGGACGAUCUUCGAAGUUUGGACAGAGGACCAAAUCGACUUCCACCCCUUCUCCCUCAGGAAGGGCCAGAUCAGGGCUUACAUCGACAUGUUGAAGUGGGAAGACACUCUCCGCUCUCACCCGAUGUUUUCACGCGCGGCGUUGGGCGCCAUCCAAGCUUACCUUAAGCUCAUCGACAUUCCAGUCCUUGCCCAAGGCGCUAUGGCAGACGGCGAAGCAGCGAAGUACGAGUCCAUGCCGGAUGCGGACCGCAAACGCGCGAUGAAGAAGGCGAAGAAGGAGGCACAGAAGGCACAGGAGAGGGCUGCUGCUCAUGCGGUGGCAAAGAAGGAGGAAAAGAAUAAAAACGCACAGGUGGCGGAUCCCGAGGUUAAGAAAGUGGAUGCGGAUCCCCACGGAAUCCAGUUGGCCCGCACGGACAAGCCACUGGAGGAAGCCGCCAAAUGGCUCAAGCCUCUGUUGGAGAAUGCUCCGGAGCAUUUAGAAACCCAGUUGGCCGGAUUCGAGGUUCAGCUGCGCAGGCGUAAAUGGACGCUGGCGCUCCAAUGCCUGAAUAAGGCGAUCGAGUUGGCACCAGAAGAUCCUAGAGUACAUGAGUGCAAGAUCAGAAUGCGUCACGCUGUCAACCUCCUGUCCGAGGACGAAGAGUUCAAGGCUCCCGAGUCGAGAGAUGCGCUGCUUGAGGGGGUUGAGAAGGUUCUAUCCAAGGACACAGAUCUGUCCAAGUGCAACGAGGACUUCUUGGAGAGCAACAAGAACAGUUUUGCGCAUGUUCGUUCUGCCCUGCGGAUACGUCAUCUUUUCAGACCAGAAGAGAAGGAUGUGUCUAUCCUCCUGUCGACACUGGACGAUGAAAACAUCACCCUGACCGACGCGGUGGAGGGACUGAAGCUCUUGCAUGCGCUUCGGGUGGACGAGAAGGAGUACAAGGAGAAGGCUGCUAGCAAAUUCCCCGUUGCCAAGGUGUUCAAGAAGACUCAGUAAGGGAUUAGAAUUGGAUAGGGCAAAAAAGCGAGCAUUGGAUCUUUGGGCUGGGGGAGCGAGAAUGGACAUGGGCAUGAAAAUUGAAUCGCCAGACCUUUAGGUUUGGGAACAUCUCUUGCGAGCCGUUUUCUCGUGCGUUGGG